AUGGUGGACAGUGAGACCCCUCUUCCCAAAGAAAAACAUGUCGAGGAAGUGGUCGACUCUCCUGUCUCGUAUGCCGAGAUGAAGAUAAUUCAGUCUAGGAAACAACGCCUGAGCCCAUAUUUCACAAUUGCAGCGGCCGCAUUUGGGCUCAUUAGUGACGGGUAUCAGAACAAUCUUAUGACCAUGGCCAAUGUUGUUUUCAAAAAACUAUACCCCAAAGAUUAUACUGCUGAUGUUUCUACUCGUGUUUCUAAUUCCCUCCUCGUCGGCGCUAUAAUCGGCCAAGUGCUAGUGGGCAUCAUUUGUGACAGGAUUGGAAGAAAGGCCGCGCUCGUAAUUACCACUGCCUUGAUUGUAUUAGGUGCAACUCUUGCAACUGCCGCACAUGGAACACACGGAAGCGCUGUUGGAUUAUUUUGGUUCUUGACAUUUGCUAGAGGUUUAACAGGGAUUAGUCAGGGCGUGGGAGGAGAAUACCCCGCAUCAUCAACGAGUGCUUCAGAGGCAGCUAACGAGAAGAUGAUCAAACAGCGAGGACCUGUGUUUAUCAUGGUAACUAAUUUUGUCCUGAGCUUCGGAGGGCCACUUGCAGUCUCCGUGUUCCUAAUAGUCUUAUCGUCUGCUGGAGAAAACCACUUGCAAACUGUAUGGAGGGUCUGUUUUGGCGUUGGUAUUGCACUGCCUUUGACAGUUUUUUACUUCCGUAUCCGAAUGUUAAGUUCCAUGCUUUUCAAGAAGGGAGCCAUUAAAAGGCGGGUACCAUAUUGGCUUAUUCUUAAGCGUUACUGGAAAUCCCUUAUGGGAACUUGUGGCGCAUGGUUUUUAUACGAUUUCAUUACUUUCCCAAAUGGCGUGUUUUCUGGGACAAUCAUUUCAAGCAUCAUUCAUGACGGUGAUAUCAAACGAACAGCGGAAUGGCAAUUACUGCUAGGCGCGAUUGCUUUGCCUGGCGUUUUUGUUGGCGCGCUUCUGUGCAAUUCUCUUGGGCGCCGAAACACGAUGAUGUUGGGUUUUAGUGGCUAUUUGAUCUUUGGUCUCAUAAUCGGAGUCAGUUACGAUAAAAUCAUCAAAAUAAUCCCUCUUUUUGUCAUAUUCUAUGGCCUUAUGCAAUCAUUUGGAAAUUUAGGUCCAGGAGAUAUGUUAGGCCUCGUUAGUGCAGAAUCUUACCCUACUCCAAUCAGACAGGAGCAGCAAUCGGAACUCAAGCUUUUACCCCAAUUCAAGUGCACCUUGGAAAAAACUAUAUGCGGGACCACUGGAAUCCUUGUGACGUACUUCUUUGUCCCAGACAUGACCGGUGUCGAUCUUGCAGAUGAAGAUGCAAAAUUCAUGGAAUACCUGGCAGAGAAUGGGUGGACUGGAUUGGUUGGAGAGGAAGAGGAUUCGAAUUCAAGCUUAAGCGACAAAAAGUGA